UGAUGACAUGCCCAAUAAGUUCUUAAGAAAGUCUUUCUGUCACCUCGUCACACGCACAAGAAUCGGCGAUGGACUACGAUUACCGAACCAGAGCGAGUUCAGGAUAUCCGAUGUACGGCCCUCCUCCUGCCACGUCAUCAGCCUCGCCGUCCAGCCAUCCGAUGUAUCACCAGCCAUCGUCUUUAUAUCCGAAGAUCGGUCAACACGGUGCUCACCCCAUGGUCCCUCCCGUUUCUGGCUCUUCCUCUUAUAACCAGACCUCCUCUCCUUCCUCCUCCUCUUCUUCAGGAUUGGGAAUUAGGGUUUCUUUAAAACCUGAGUAUCGAAUCGCUGCUCCGCCUCAAUUGUCUCCACAAAUAGGAGAUAUUCCCCGGAGCAAUUUUCAGUUUGAUUUUGACUUUGAAAGAAGGGUUUUGGCUGAAGCUGAGAAGGGUAGCCAGAACUGGAGCAGGCUUGGGAUGGAAAAUGUUCCAUCGAAAACCACUGAAUCUACUUCGUCAUUGGGUUCGGUGGCUGAUCCUGUGGUGAGCAAAUACAUUGCAUCAGGACUCAACCGUGAUGCUGUUCCCAUUGCUGUUGCAAACUAUGGAGACAACCCCACCAAGGUUCGGGACUUUGCCAAGGGUUACACUCUCCUUAGAGAAAUGGGAUUUUCAUCUAGCAAUGUUGCUGAAGUACUACUCAUGUAUGAUAAUGACACAGACAAGGCAUUGGCACAUUUCCUUAACAAUUCAUCAUGAGAGUACUUGGUGGUGCAAAGAGUGAUGAUAUGUGUGUUUACAAGAAGUAUCAAUUUGGGUAUCUAUGAUGGCGUGUAAUUAUGUGAUUGGAUGUAACCAUAUUUUCAAUUAAAAAUUACAUAAUCACAUGAUAAUGUAUUAUCAUUAGUAUCUAAAUUAAUACUCAUUAAAAAUAAAUAUAGUUUUAACUUGGAAUGUGUUGGGUAGUAUGUAAAAGUUAGGGAGUUUGCUUCAUGAGUGCGGGCUUUAUUCUGAUUGUGUAAAGAUGGUUAACCAUAUCUGGUGCCAUGUAUGCAAAGUAUUAUGUAAAAGCAUAAGCAAGUUAUUUCA